CACCUUGGGACUCAGUAUUGUCUACGUUUUACACCUUUACAUAACCGAAAUUACUCCCUGAAAAUCCCAAGAUGUAUCGAAAGAAUAAACGCAGCAUGUCGUUUGAGAUGCAACGCGAUCUCUACGAGAGCUGGCUGAUCCUGGCCAUUGCCGUGCUGUUCCGCUGGAAUCGCUGGCGUCCCUUGACCUAUGCCAUCAUAUCGCCACUGGAUCCCUACGCUAAGUACACCUCUGCAACGGUUGGCGACAACGAACGCUGGGCGGGUGUCUACUUUGGAUGCGGUCUCCUCCUGGCCAUCUUGCAGUACCGUCCGCUUUGGGUGCGACGGUGUCGUCAUCCCGUCCGCAUCCUGAUGCUGCUGUGCGAGGUGAUGCUGCUGCUCCAGCUGGUGCACUGGCUCGAUGGCCAGCUGUGGCACUCCUUCCUGGGCAUCAUCGAGGAGCUCUUGCUCGCAUUGGGACGAGGUCAGUGGGGCUCCUGGAUCUUUCGCUGUCCGGCCGGAGUGCGCACUCUGUUCCUGCGUGGCGAUAUCUUCGAUGUGUUCCGCCUGCUCGCCUCGUUCGUCAUCUUCGUCGUUGCCCUUAACUCGAUAGCUGGUGAAUGGAGGGUGUCCUUGGACUUUCUGCUGAUCGGCUGUUUGCCGAAAACUUCGCACAGGCGGCGGUUACUCUAUGUGAACUAUAAGCAGAAGGGCUUCGAGCGCAGAUGCAAUGGUCUGCCACCGAUUCCCCCACCCGAGCUCAUCAUCUACAGACGUAUGUGCCACCUGUGUCUGCAGCAACUGGAAACCACACCAGAGAACUGCAGCAAGCCACCGGCACUCUAAGUGCACCCGCUAAACACCGGGUGUCUCAGCACGCGGGUGUUUGUUGAAAAUGAAAUGAAGGGUAAAUGGGAACACCCAAGGAAAAGGUCGGGCACAGGCUGUUGCGUUUUCAUGUUUCUAAUGUAUUAACAAAAAACAAUCUUAUAUUUUAUUUAAUAAUUAUACCUUAUUAACUCUA